AAUCGAAAGAGCAGAUUUCCUCAAGACAAUAUAAAUAUACAGUUCACGGAGAGGGAUCAGUCGGCCCAAACCCAGUAGAAAUCAAGAACAGAAGCAAGCAAGGAGAAUAUAUAUUGAUCUUUUUCUCUUUUUCUCUUUUCAACGAAUUGGGUCGAUUUCUGGGUUGAAGAUGGGGAAAGAGCAGAAGCUGGCGGUGGUGAUGAUGCUGAUGGGCCUGGUGUUGGUCUGCAGUAAUUUGGACAAGUCGUCGUCUUCUGGUUUUGCGGUGGUGGAGGCUGCCCCUGAUUUUCAGUGCUACGAUGGUUGCAUCACUGGCUGCGUCCAACCCAACACGAGAUUGAUGAGGCGAUGCGAAGUCAAGUGCGACAUCAGAUGCAAUCAAGCAGCAGGGGCUGCGGCGAGCAAUGGUCAGCUUGGUUGAAGUGUUGCUCCAAUGUAUCUUGAAGAAGGAUUAUCUAGAUCGCUUAUUAGUAUUUGUAAUAAAAUGUUGGCCUGCGUUGUUUACUGUUUAACCACUUCCAUUUGUUUGUUGUGCAAGAUCAAGAAAACCGAAGUCCUACAUUAACAUUUGUCUAUCCAUCUUUCUAUGUAUCUCCAUGUUACCCUUAAACUGAUGAGAAAUUUUACCUAUAGUUCACUUUGUAUUAUAAAGAAAUUCGUACCUAAAUGUAUAGGUACAAAUUGUAUUUGUUCUAUAACAUUGGGUACUUUUUCAAUUUGUAUGUGAGUUUGUAUUAUAAAUAAAUUCGUACUCGUAAACGAUACCC